GCCAGGGGGAGGUGCAGGGGGCGGGGCUUGAUACACUAUCUCCGGCCUCUGUUCAUAGUGAAUGGGAGGAGGAGAGUGGAGCCCGACUGUAUGUGUUAUUACAUACUUCCUGUGGUAUAUUUAUGAUCGCUGUAUUCAAUUUCCGGUAGACGAUCGGGACUUAUUCCCCUCCCUCUCCUCUGUGUAUUUGUAUGUCUCCCACAUCCCCCUUCCAGCCUAAGAGCCAAUAUAAGAUCAUCGACUAGGCGGAGUUGCGGUGAAAGGGGAUACUGUCUAGGUUAUUAUACCCCUCCCCGCAGACACCAGGCUAGAGGGAUAAGGUUGGAUGGGGGAGAGUAGUCUCCCCCAAAAAAGAGAGAGAGGAGAGAGGACAUUUAAAGCAUCUGAAGAAGGAAAAGGCUGAUGAUCACCUUCCCACCUUUUUUCAAUGGGAGAGUAAUUUAAUAACACAAUAAGUUGUGAUAUCAUAUAUCUGAUAUAUAACACUACCCUGCAUAUAUCACAGGGCUUCCCACUGGCAUUCCUAUGGAGAUCUACCUGCAGGCAAGGAGCUCUUGAUCACAAAAAAUGGAAGACUGCCUUCAUACCUCCUCAGAAAACCUCUCUAAGUUAGUGAGCUGGGCCCAUAGUCAUGGGACAAUCUGUAACCUUAUUCCAAACUUGAAGCACCUGCUCUCAGAGGGAUCACAUGGCACUUUGACAGCUAUGUGGGGAUGCAGUGCUGGACAUGCAUACCACUGGCCAUUAACAACAACCUGUAGGGCUGGACCCCAGGAGAGAGUUUGUUUCCAGGACAGUAGAAGUUUCAACUCUGACAGCCCAAGUAUACUUGGUGUUCCAUCAGAAACUCAAACUAGUCCAUUGGACAGGUUCCCUGGACGGUCUGCUAAAUCAAAACUUGACUGCAACAUAACAAGGGACUCUUGUGAUUUUUCCUAUUGUAGUGAACCAUCAGAGCUGGACGAUGCAGUAGAAGAAUAUGAAGAUGAAAGUAACUUGUUUGACAUGGUGUGUGAAUCUUCAGGAACUGAUGAGGACAGUGAUUUUGAACGCCAAGCCAGGCAGUCUCCUAACAUUACCCGCAAGAGGCCUGGUAGUGAUCUUACCUCUUCCCUUUCUGGAUCUCAACCACAUAUUGUAGAUGAAGACAGUAAUGAUGUAAUUGUAAAAAAGAUUAAACAGGAGAAUCCCGAAGAUUAUUACAUUGUUGCUAAUGCAGAACUCACAGGUGGGGUUAAUGGUCCUACAAUAUCUCUUACACAGAUGUCUAAGCCGAAGAAUCAGACACAUUCAACACCCCCUUUUGUAGGACCAUCCAAACCUCCAAACAUUGUACCACCAUCACUAAGCAAUGAGCUGGAUAUGCAACCUGUAGCAUCUUCUCCAUUGGUUUUACCAAGGCAGCCACCCCAAAAGUCUCUGAGACCCACCUUGGCUCUCCAGAGUAAACCACCUUCUAAUAAUUCACUCAUUAACCAACAAAUAGGACAUCAAAUGCCAGUCAGCACGUCCACUGGAAAUCCAAACCAACCAAUUAAUAUACCUUUAUCAGCACUUCAGUUGCCUGGUCAGGAGAAAAUAGAGCUUUCAGAAGAACUUCUUCCACCUGUACUGAAGCCUGUGUUGCCCUGUGAUGUAGCACUCUCUCCAUCAAUAAGUGCCGAACCUGAAGUUAGUUCCAGUCAGCAGCAGCCAAAUUCCAUCCCCAACAUUAGCUGUGAGCAAUCAGCACAGUCCAUCCCAGCAUAUUCAACUAAACUGAACAGGUUUCCAAUUUUUCAUUUCCAUGACGAUUUGAAAGAUCUGUGCAUCAGUGCUGUGAGCUCCAACACUACCAAGGCAACGUUGUACGCACUAAAUGUUUGGCGCUACUGGUGCAUGACCAGAGGGUUGAAAGAUUGUAUGGACUUCACCAAGGUUCCAGCUGUUAAACUGAAUGAACUUUUGGAAGACUUUUAUGUCACUGUGAAGAAAACCGAUGGAUCAGAUUUUCUUGCCACCUCCCUUCAUGCUAUCCGGCGGGGGUUGGACCGCAUCCUGAAAAAUGCUGGAGCUGGUUUCUCUAUAACCAGCAGUGUCUUCAAUUCCUCUUCCCAAAAGCUGAAGGAAAAGCUAAGAUUACUCAACAAAGCUGGCAUGUCAGGUUCUCGAUCACGCAAUAUUGUCUAUUUCUCACUGGCAGAUGAAGAAGAAAUGUGGAGAAUUGGUUGUCUGGGGGACGAUGGUCCGGUACCAUUGUUGUCUUCUGUGGUAAAAUAUAAUAGCCAAUUUCUCAAUAUGAGGACUUUACAGGAGCAUGCAGAUCUGAUGUUUGGUGACAUUGAACUUCUGAAGGAUGCAAAUAACAGACCAUUCUUCGCUAGAACAGACAGUGUGAAGAGGGACAAGCAGGCUAACCCUAACAAAAUGUGUUAUGGACAGGUAUACCACGAGCAUUCAAAGGGGCACAGAAGAUGUCCAUAUUGUCUCUUAUAUAAGUACAUGUAUACUUACCGUCCACCUACACAGAUGGAAGUAAAUGCACCCUUUUACCUCACUGCUCGAAAAGAGGUUGGUUCAACAGAUAAUAUCUGGUAUGAAGAACAGAGAAUGGGACUCAGAUCUUUGCGUGGUGUUGUCCCAAAAUUGGCAAAACGUGUGAAGCUUGAUCAAUGUGAUAAUUACACAUUUGUUUCUUUUACUCAGACAUUCAGAAAGUUUGGCCCUCUUAACAACUAUUAACAUGUCUAACGCCCAAGUAAAUGGUAAGAAAUAAUUACUUGCACAAAUUUAACCAGCAGGAUGCCUAAAGGGAGAUCAAAUCUAUCAGUGCUAGAAAUUCAGAUGUGGUUUUUUUUUUGUGUGUGUGUGUGUUUUGGGCUUAGUGUAUCUUAGUCUCAGGAUUGACUACACUGGUUCCACCGGGCUGUUUUUUGUAAAACCCUAACUUGAUCAGAACUGGUUAAUUGGUGAUUAUUAAGAGCUGAGAAGGAUUGAUUUAGCAUAUAUUUUCCAAGAAUGCACAGUAAACAGUGCCUUUUAGUAUGUGAAGUUUAACAAAUAUAAUGCUAAAUACACUUAAAUGGUAAUGCAAUGUAAUAUCCACAAGCAGUCAUAAACAUAAGCACACAAAAGGUCAGUUAACCAGCAAACAUCCAUAAACCAGCAGGUUCUACACCUAAGAUGAACAGAAUUUAUUUACAUGGCACAUUCUGUGUCCCCAAGAAGUAAACUUCCGUCAAAGAAAAUGUAAUGUUAUAUAUAGGCUUAACGGGGCAAGUAACUGGAUAGAGCAUAUGUGCAGAGCAAGGGCAGAAUUAGGCACUGCUAUAAGUUAGUCAGAAUUUUGAGGUACUAUUUAUAAAUGGUAGUCUAGAACGGAUCAACCUUCAUCAUUCCAGAUGUUGUGGACCACAUCUCCCCUUUGCUAGCAUUAUGACUGUAAAAUGUGGUCCAUGCACCAGCAUGGAAUGCUGAUGGUUGCCUACUCCAGGUCUAGACUUUUGGUUCCCAACUCAGGCCUCAAGGAAAUCCAACUGUCCAAGUUUUGUCAGACCUGAAGAAUUGCUAAAUCUUGCAUUGUUGGUGUGUCUCAAGGACUGGGUUGGAAACCACUGGUGCAGGCAACUAUUUAUUUUGUCAUAAGGAGAUUUGCCAUUGCACCUCCCUGGGCAUUAGGGAAAACAUAAUUCUAAAUUGCAUUUAAUAUAAACUAUCUAAAUGGAAAUCCAUCUUUUUCAAGUGGUUUAAUUUAGCAAUAUUUAAUUUCAGAUAGUUGUAUUUACAGUGACAUGCUGGUAUUUUAACGUUUGCUUUUACUUAGUGCUGGGGUGAUAUCGGCAAAAACAUUUUGUUAAAAAAAGACUAGCAGCCGGCUAAAACAGCUAUUUACCUCCUAAUUUCAGCUGUCUGGACCUGUUACCCCAGCCAAACAGAAACUCUCAAAUGUGAACUGUUCAUUUAGCCUUAUGACUGCUGUUGACAUGAAAAAAAGCAUUUCAGUGCACCUGUGUAAGUGCGUAAAAUGUAUAUGGUCGUUCAAACUCAUAAAAAAAUGAUUUUUAGAAACCUUGUCAUUUAGUCCUCAUGCACUGGUCAGCCCCUGUCACAAAGAUUAUCAUAACUGCCAAAGUGCUUAAAGCAACGCUGUAGUGUCAAAAAUACAAACAUGUAUUCCUGACGCUAUAGUUCUGUUACAAAUAUUUAGGCGCGUUACUCACCUUUUUUCAGCUACGCACGGGUCUCCGCGCUAGCU